GCCAAGCCAACUCUGCUUGGGCGAGUAACAUGGUCAGUGAGGUGUUCCCUUGUUUGUCUGGAAGUAGCUAGCAAGCUUGCCAACUUUAGCCAGUGAGCUUGGGUGUUUGAUUGCCGUUGUGAUGUCAGAACUCUCGGAUCAACCCUUCUCCUCGGUCAGAGCUUCCAGUGUGCGCUCUAAACUGAUAAUUUAACAGCGAUCCGAAUUUACAAACGACCCCAGAGCGGCGCACUCUGACACACUGGAGACAAUUUACGAAUGCACCCUAAGUAGACCAGACCCAGCUUCUAUGGGAUACACACUCAGUUAUGUAGACCGGAACGGGCUUUUUCGGGUGGUAAUCUUUAUUUAUUCAUAAUCUUUGGUUUGCCAAGAAGAACCAAAGUUGAGAACUUGUAGUCAUUAAUUCAUGAACGUAUUGUAUUAUUAGCCCUGUGUUUAUUUGAUUAAUAUAGCUAGUUCUAUUGUACACACAAAAUGUUUGCGGGCCUGCCUGAGCUUGGGAUAUCUAAUGGCGAGGAUCUAAAAGAAACACUGACCAACUGCACAGAGCCUCUGAAAGCCAUUGACCAGUUUCAGACAGAAAAUGGCAUUUUGUUACCAACUCUUCAAUCAGCUCUUCCCUUCCUGGACCUUCAUGGAACUCCUCGGUUGGAGUUUCACCAGUCUGUCUUUGACGAGCUUCGUGACAAGUUGAUGGAGCGAGUCGCUACUAUCGCGGAGGGCAAGGAUGAGGACCGUUAUGGUAAACUUAAAGAGCUGCUGGAGAAGAGCUUUCCGCUGGUGAAGAUGCCUUCCAUUCAGCCAGUGGUCAUGCAGGUGCUGAAGCAUCUUCCAAAGGUACCAGAGAAAAAGCUGAAGCUUGUGAUGGCUGAUAAGGAACUGUAUAAGGUCUGUGCUGUUGAGGUGAAGAGGCAGAUCUGGCAGGAAAACCAGGCUCUCUUCGGAGAUGAGGUCUCGCCCUUGCUCAAGCAGUAUAUCGUGGCAAAGGAGGCAGCACUUUUCAGCAGCGAUCUCUCUAUUCUGCACAACUUCUUCAGCCCCUCCCCUAAAGCAAGACGCCAAGGAGAGGUAGUCUUGAAACUGACCCAGAUGAUUGGGAAGAAUGUGAAACUAUAUGACAUGGUGCUCCAGUUUUUGCGAACACUUUUCCUGCGUACUCGUAAUGUCCACUACUGCACCUUGCGUGCAGAGUUGCUCAUGUCCCUCCAUGACCUGGACAUCAGUGAGAUCUGCUCAGUAGACUCCUGCCACAAGUUCACCUGGUGCUUAGAUGCCUGUAUCCGUGAGAAGUUUGUGGAUGCCAAGCGAGCCCGGGAGUUGCAAGGUUUUCUGGAUGGAGUGAAGAAAGGACAGGAGAAAGUACUUGGGGACCUGUCCAUGAUACUGUGUGACCCAUUUUCCAGUAACACCCUGGUUUUGAGUACGGUCCGAAACCUGCAAGAAUUGCUAAGCCAGGAUGCUCUACCCAGAGACAGUCCAGACCUGAUGCUGUUACUCAGAAUGCUGUCUCUUGGACAAGGUGCUUGGGAUAUGAUUGACAGCCAGGUCUUUAAAGAGCCUCGAUUGGAACUGGAAGUUGUGACCCGUUUUCUCCCAGCCAUGUUGUCAGUACUUGUGGACGACUAUACCUUCACUGUAGAGCAGAAACUCCCUAGUGAGGAGAAGACCUCCCUCUCCUACCCUACAGCCCUGCCUGAUAACUUCAACAAGUACCUGCAGGAGAACAGGGUGGCUUGUGAGAUGGGUCUGUACUACGCACUCCACAUUGCCAAGCAGAGGAACAAGAAUGCCUUACAAAGGUUACUUCCCGCAUUGGUGGAGACCUACAAUGACAUGGCCUUUGGGGACAUCUUCCUGCACCUCCUGACAGCACACCUCACCUUGCUCUCUGAUGAGUUUGGGACUGAAGAGUUCUGCUCUGCUGUGUUUGAUGGCUUCCUCCUCAACUCUUUCUCCAGUAAAGACAAUGUCCACAGACACAACCUACGCCUGUUGCUUCACCUUCACCAGAAAGUGCUGCCAUCUUGUGUGGAGACCUUAGUGAAAACCCUGGAACCCUCAAAACAGAUCCUCUACGACUCUCCUAACGAUCGACUUGGACCUCUGUCACCUGUGAACAGAGCAGUGACCAGGUAAAGGAGCUGUACACCAAGCUGACCGAGAAACUGGAGGCCCAAAAGAAAAGUCCUCCCCAGCCAGACGAAGCCCCCUCCCUGGACCUGGGGCUCCAUCCUGUUAAAGUGCCCACUACAGCUUCCACUCCAACAACAUCGCUCUGAGAGAGGAGGUGGGAGGGAGCAGCAAAAUAAGGACACCAAUUAGUCUGAAAAAAGGAUGCUGAUAUUACAUGUUGAAUUUAGGUUGGCUCAUGAAACCACAAAAAAAACGACUAAAUGUAAUUUCCUCUGAGUACUAUGGUUAAGAUUUAGUUUGUUUUCUAAUACUUGUUUUAUUAAGAUGUCGUAUUUGAAGCAGUUUUCCAGCUUUAACAAUGUAACUCAGUUGCCAAUGUUUUUCAGUGUGAAUUAUUACUUUUUAAUUUUAGAAAUACGUAGUCUUGCUUAAUUAUUGUUGUAAGUAUAUUUUCUUAUGUACUGGAUCUAUAAAGACUGAAUGUCAAUGUGUGUGUAUGUACUGUUGUUUGUAUUGUGUCAGUGGUGACGCAAGCUUUAAAUAAAUACAUUUAGAAGUUUA